AUGUCCCUGCACAAAGGCAACACCUUCCACUACUCCUCAUCGCCUCCCAAGGACGACGAUCCAAUCUUGAGCAUCCAUCACCUGGCCCGUCGGUCCCCGACAUGCUCUCAGUCUAUGCUCGCCAGCUGGCUUUCUGAUAAGACCGACGUCACCGAAUCGCUGCGCGACUUUGAAGAGACCUUCUCAGGUGCAAGAGGUAGAAGAUCAUCAAACCGUCGACGCUCCAUCAAAGAUUUUGAAGACCGGGUCAAGGUUCGUCGCGGCUCCGUCUCAUCGGACGAAGGCCUCGGUGGUUCCGUUGUGUCGGCGUCGAGUGACAAAAGUCUAUCUCAGAAAUUCGAAAGAGCUUUGGACCUUUUGGAAAGGGACAGUGCGUUGGGGUCAUCCAUCGGUGACCGGAGCUCUGUCAGUGGUGGUCACGCUUCCGAGGAAGACGGUUCUUCGACCAAGAACUUGAUUCAAGCAACUAACGCCUCAGGCUCAGCCCCGCCUCAAAGACGCCAGAAGUCAACGCGCUCAAACGCGUCGGCAGUGACUCAGAGUGUUGCCCCACCAUCCCGGAGUACCUCACAACCCCUCCUUUCACCUUUUGCGAGAAAGAAAAUCAACAAGUACAUAAUCGCGCCCAUCCUCCGUGAAGAGCGCUUUGAAGACUUCCAUCCUUUGGUCUCUUCUCUUGGUGUCAAGUCCAACAAAAACAGAUGCUUGCGCGAUAUUGAGCGCUCCCUCAUCUUCCAGCCUCUGACCUUUGACAUCACACCUCAACUUUACCGCACCUUUGGCGAGUUCUCGAUCCAGCUCGUCCUUGAUACCUACCAACAACUGCCUGAAACCGAGCAACGUCGAGCAGACGACCGUCCAUACGACAACGGUUACUUCCUCGACCUUGUGCAACAAGUUGGCAGACUAGCCUCACAAAUAGGCCACACCCAGACCGAGUCUGGUGAACUUGAUACCGACUCCUUCGAUUCACCUUACGACGAGGUCACCUUGGAAGGUGGUCUCAGCACAACCGGCAACAUGGCAGAACUUGUCGGCUGGAAGAAUGGCAGGGCCACUUCUCUUCGUACAGGAGAAGAAUAUACCCCCCUCCCUGGCAUCAAGCGUUCUGCAAGCAGCCUGCACGACGAAGAUGUCGCUCGCUCCAUGGCUCGCCGUAAGAAGGGCGUCAUCCCUGAGAUCAUCGAGAUGCAAUGCUCUGAUCCAGGAUGCGACAAGAUCUUCACUCGCAAGUGUGAUCUCGCCAAACAUGAGAAGACUCACUCGCGCCCUUUCAAGUGUCCUCACAAGGACUGCAAGUACAGCGAGAUGGGCUUGCCAACCGAAAAGGAGCGUGAUCGUCACAUCAACGACAAGCACGACCCCAAUCCUCACUUCUACCAGUGCCAAUUCUGCGAGUUCAAGACCAAGCGCGAGUCCAACUGCAAGCAGCACAUGGAGAAGAAACACAGCUGGAACUACGAGCGUGCAAAGGGAAAAGACAAGAACAUGACCAUGAAGAUGACGCCUGGUCAAACGCCCCAGACUCCUGCCCUCGACUACAACUCGAGCAUGCAGAGCCCCAUGUCUUAUACCUCUGGUGCUUGGGAUGAAAGCCGCUCUCGUUCGGUCAGCCUGGCAGGCCCCAGCAUCACCAGCGCGCAGGUGACUCCAUUUGAGCGGCCUUUGUCAGCCUUCGAAGGUUACGGCCAGGCAUCCAACCACUCUGCCAUUUUCCCACGCAGUGACGCCUACCAACAGAGCACCUUUGACUUCAACAGCUUUGUUCCCGGCAAUAGCUACAUCUCGCCAGUCAGCAGCCACCGCAACAUGACUCCCUCAACUCCUGCCUACAGCAACAUCACCGGCCAGUCACCUUUCUCGGCUCAUAUGGAUGUUGCCAUGGACUACACCACUCCGUAUGACAACUAUGCCAGUCUGCCUACCCCAGAGUCAUUCUUGCAGUCAGUUUCCCGUCAUCAGUCCAUCUCCAACCCAUCGCCCAUGUACCAGGAUGUUGAGCAGUCGAACAUGUACGACGGUGGUGACGUCUUCUUCGACGACCCCCUGAUCUCAGGCACCACGGCUGCCCCAGACCAUGAUUUCGAUCUGUUUAGUGGCGUCGGUGAUAGCGGCAGGAAUGCUUUUACCAAUCCCUCUGCCGCCAACGCCACUCUGUUCCCCAUCAUGCAGAACGACGAACAGUUCCACGCUGCCGUGGAGAAGGAGCUCAUUGACGAGAUCUACUCGGAGAGUGAGUCCAACUACGACUACGGUGCCAAUUAG